UGAGCUUCAAAUAGAUUACUUCUCCAUAAUAUUCAUUCCAAUCGCACUAUUCAUCACCUGAUCCAUCAUAGAAUUCUCACUAUGAUACAUAAACUCAGACCCAAAUAUCGACCAAUUCUUCAAAUACCUCCUUAUUUUCCUCGCUGCCAUACUAAUUCUAGUCACUGCCAACAACCUCUUCCAAUUCCUUAUCGGCUGAGAGGGCGUAGGAAUCAUAUCUUUUCUCCUAAUUAGCUGAUGAUACGCCCGAACAGACGCCAAUACAGCAGCCAUCCAAGCAAUCUUAUACAGCCGCAUUGGCGACAUUGGUCUUAUCCUGGCCAUAGCAUGAUUUCUCCUACAUUGUAACUCAUGAGACCUCCAACAAAUACUAGCCCUAAAUCUCAACUCAAACUCCCUCCCACUAAUAGGCCUCCUCCUAGCAGCAGCAGGAAAAUCAGCUCAAUUCGGCCUUCACCCCUGACUACCCUCUGCCAUAGAAGGCCCAACUCCAGUCUCAGCCCUACUUCACUCCAGUACCAUAGUUGUUGCCGGAGUAUUCUUACUCAUCCGCUUCCACCCUCUAAUAGAAACCAACACAAUGAUUCAAAAUCUUACAUUAUGCCUGGGGGCUAUUACUACCCUAUUUACAGCCAUCUGCGCCCUCACACAAAACGACAUUAAAAAAAUCGUAGCCUUCUCUACCUCAAGCCAACUAGGCCUAAUAAUAAUCACCAUUGGUAUCAACCAACCAUACUUAGCAUUCCUACACAUCUGCACCCAUGCUUUCUUUAAAGCCAUACUUUUCAUAUGCUCCGGAUCCAUUAUCCAUAACCUAAACAACGAACAAGACAUUCGAAAAAUGGGAGGCCUAUUCAAAACAAUACCUCUCACCUCAACUUCCAUAAUCAUUGGCAACCUAGCACUUACAGGAAUACCCUUCCUCACAGGCUUCUACUCCAAAGACCUUAUUAUCGAAGCCACAAACACGUCGUACACCAACGCCUGAGCCCUAUUCAUUACUCUCAUCACUACCUCUCUAACAAGCGCCUACAGCACUCGAACUAUCCUCCUCACCCUAACAGGACAACCCCGUUUUCCAGCUCUAACAAACAUCAACGAAAACAACCCCACCCUACUAAACCCAAUCAAACGCCUCACAAUAGGCAGUAUGAUCACAGGAUUUCUUAUCACCAACAACAUCCCCCCCACUUCACUCCCCCAACCAGCAAUACCCCUCUACUUAAAACUCUCAGCCCUAUGCGCAACUGCCCUAGGCUUCCUAGCAGCCCUAGACCUCACCCUUAUAACAAACAAGCUGAAAAUAAAAAACCCAUCACAAAUAUUCAAAUUCUCCAAUAUACUAGGAUAUUUUCCCACCACAAUUCACCGCACAAUCCCCUAUCAAAACCUACUCAUAAGCCAAAAUUUAGCCCUUCUCCUACUAGACUCAACAUGACUAGAAAAAUCUAUACCUAAAAUAAUCUCACAAGCACACAUCACUGCCUCCAUAACUGUAACCACCCAAAAAGGCAUAAUCAAACUCUAUUCCCUUUCUUUCCUCAUCCCCCUUACCCUAGCCCUAAUUCUAAUGAUAUAACCUAUUACCCCGAACAAUCUCAAUCACAACAUACACACCAACAAAUAGUGUUCAACCAGCAACUACCACUAAUCAACGCCCAUAAUCGUAUAAGGCACCCGCACCAAUAGAAUCACCUCGAAUCAAUCCUGACCCUUCCCCCUCAAAAAUUACUCAGUCACCAGUAUCACUAAAACUAACCACCACUACUACCGCCUCAUCUAAACUUAAAACUCAUAAAAUCAAUAUCACCUCCAUCAUCAACCCUACUAAAAGACCCCCUAAAACCUCAAACCCAGAACCCCAUGUCUCAGGAUACUCUUCAAUAGCCAUUGCAGUAGUAUAACCAAAAACAACCAUCAUACCCCCCAGAUAAACUAAAAACAUCAUUAAACCCAUAUAAGCUCCCCCACAACUUAAAACAAUCACACAACCAAUUACACCACUAACAAUUAACGCCAGACCCCCGUAAAUAGGAGAAGGCUUAGAAGAAAACCCCACAAACCCCAUAACUAAUAAAACACUCAAUGUAAACAAAAUAUACGUCAUCGCUUUCACAUGGACUCCAACCAUAACUAAUGGUACGAAAAACCAUCGUUGUACUUCAACUAUAAAAGCACCAAUGAUUCCAAUACGCAAAUCCAACCCAAUCAUAAAAAUAAUUAAUCGCUCCUUCAUUGAUUUACUCACCCCACCCAACCUCUCCAUGUGAUGAAACUUUGGCUCACUUCUUGCAGCCUGCCUAAUUUUACAAAUCGUCACAGGCCUACUCCUAGCAAUACACUACUCACCAGACACCUCCUCCGCCUUCUCCUCAAUCGCACACAUCACCCGAGAUGUAAAGUACGGCUGAAUCACUCGCUACCUCCACGCCAAUGGUGCCUCUAUACUCUUUAUCUGCCUUUUCCUACACAUCGGUCGAGGCCUUUACUACGGCUCAUAUCUCCUCCUAGAAACCUGAAACAUUGGCAUUAUACUCCUUCUUAUAACCAUAACAACAGCUUUCAUGGGUUAUGUUCUCCCAUGAGGCCAAAUGUCAUUCUGGGGGGCAACAGUAAUCACAAACCUACUAUCAGCAAUCCCGUAUAUCGGAACCAAUCUAGUCCAAUGAAUCUGAGGAGGAUACGCCAUCGACAGCCCCACUCUCACACGAUUCUUCACCUUACACUUUAUUCUACCCUUCAUUAUCAUCGCCCUCACAACCGUACACCUACUAUUCCUACACGAAACAGGAUCAAACAACCCUUGCGGAAUCUCCUCCGACUCGGACAAAAUCGUCUUCCACCCCUACUACACAAUCAAAGACAUCCUAGGCCUAGUCCUCCUUCUCUUUAUCCUAGCAACACUAACACUACUCUCACCCAACCUCCUAAACGACCCAGACAACUACAUCCCAGCCGACCCACUAAAUACUCCCCCACACAUCAAGCCAGAAUGGUACUUCCUAUUUGCAUACACAAUCCUACGAUCCAUCCCCAACAAACUGGGAGGCGUAUUAGCACUCUUCUUAUCGAUCUUCAUCCUAGCAGCCAUCCCCAUACUCCACAAAUCCAAACAACAAAGCAUAAUAUUCCGCCCACUCAGCCAAUUCCUGUUCUGACUCCUGAUAACAGUCCUAUUAACUCUUACCUGAAUCGGAAGUGAACCAGUAACCCAACCCCUUACUACCAUCGGCCAAGUAGCAUCCAUAAUAUACUUCAUCACAAUUCUAAUCCUAAUACCACUAGCCUCCCUAAUCGAAAACAAGCUACUUAAAUGAACCUGCCCUCGUAGUAUAAACUAAUAAACUGGCCUUGUAAACCAGAAAUGAACACUCUUCCUAGGGCAAUCAGAAAGAAAGUACCUAACUCUACCACCAACACCCAAAGCUGGCAUUCUAACUUAAACUACUUUCUGCACUCUUAUGUCACAUAAGCUUCAUAAAAUAACCCUAACACCAACCUAUCCAUGAUAUUACUAUGUAAUUCGUGCAUUACUGCUAGUCAGCAUGUAUAAUAUAUAGUACUAUAUAUGUUUAACUGUACAUAACACAUAUCAUUACAUAUCAACUCAACAUCCCAGACAACAUGCUUACAAGCAAGUACUCUAAUGUAAGCUCCAACAGCAGUACAUAACACAGCUCCCUCAAACUCAACUUGUCCCCCCCCAUGAAUAUCAACCGAACCAGCCCAUGCCAGUCGUCCAUAGUACAUUAAAUCGUUCAUCGGACAUAGCACAUAUUCAUUAAAUAAUCCUCCUCACCACGGAUGCCCCCCCUCACUUAGGAAUCCCUUGUUCACCAUCCUCCGUGAAAUCAAUAUCCCGCACAAGAGUGCUACUCUCCUCGCUCCGGGCCCAUAACUCGUGGGGGUAGCUAUACUUGAGCUGUAUCCGGCAUCUGGUUCUUACCUCAGGGCCAUAACAAUCAAGAUCGCCCACACGUUCCCCUUAAAUAAGACAUCUCGAUGGAUCACGGGUCUAUCACCCUAUUAACCAGUCACGGGAGAUUUCCAUGCAUUUGGUAUCUUUUAUCUCUGGUCUGCACGCAACCCCAUCGCAGAAUGCUGACUCCCACCACAUCCCGUCCUGUAUGCGCCUGUCUUUGAUUCCUAGUACAUGCAGUUGUUGAUCGCACCUACGUUCAAUAUUCUAGCUCCACGCAAACUUUAGCAAGGUGUUAUUUAAUUCAUGCUUGUAGGACAUAUUAAUAACCAUUCCAACCAACAUCACCCACACCACACCAUUAACCACAACCGUGUCUUAUCAAACCCCCCCACCCCCAUCUCCGACCUUCAUCCAAACCCACUCUUGCCAAACCCCAAAAACAAAAGUCUUAACAUAUCCGGUCAGAGCCCAUAUUUUUAUCUUUUGGGUGUACACAACUCCAACUGCCAUUCCCUCAACUAACAAACAUUUACUUCACCAAACACCCUCUGCACCAACCCGCGACAGAUCCUUCUCAUACAACCCAAAAGAAACUACCUCACAAUUGUACUGACACCUCUGUUUAUGUAGCUUAAACCCACCCAAAGCAAGACACUGAAAAUGCCUAGAUGGGUUUGCACACCCCAUAAACAAAUAGGCUUGGUCCUGGCCUUUCUAUUAGCUCUUGGCAGGAUUACACAUGCAAGCAUCCUCGCUCCGGUGAAGACGCCCUAUAAAUCAUCAUGACCAAUAGGAGCAAGCAUCAAGCACGCACGCGCAGCUCAAAACGCUUUGCCUAGCCACACCCCCACGGGAGACAGCAGUGACAAGUAUUUAGCAAUAAACGAAAGUUCAACUAAGCCAUGCUAUAUUUAGGGUUGGUCAAUUUCGUGCCAGCCACCGCGGUUACACGAUUAACCCUAGCUAAUAGAGACCGGCGUAGAGGGUGUUUAAGAUCUGACGUAAUAAAGCUAAACUCCAUCUAAACUGUAAAACUCUAGCUGAUGUAAAAUAAACUACGAAAGUGGCUUUAAAGCUUCUGAACACACAAUAGCCAGGACCCAAACUGGGAUUAGACACCCUACUAUGCUUGGCCCUAAACCUCAGUAGUUAAAUAACAAAACUACUCGCCAGAAUACUACGAGCUACAGCUUAAAACUCAAAGGACUUGACGGUGCUUUACACCCCCUAGAGGAGCCUGUUCCGUAAUCGAUAAACCCCGAUCCACCCCACCCUCUCUUGCUCAGCCUAUAUACCGCCAUCUUCAGCAAACCCCAAUGAAGGUCACAAAGUGAGCGCAAACGCCACCACCGCGAAUACGUUAGGUCAAGGUGUAGCCUAUGAGAUGGUAAAAAAUGGGCUACAUUUUCUACCUCAGAAAAUUCCACGAAAACCCUUAUGAAAUUUAAGGGCCCAAGGAGGAUUUAGCAGUAAAUUAAGAAUAGAGUGCUUAAUUGAACUAGGCCAUAAAGCGCGCACACACCGCCCGUCACUCCUCUCAAAUAUAUUUAAGGAACAUCCUAACUAAACGCCCUAAUAUUUAUAUAGAGAGGAUAAGUCGUAACAUGGUAAGCGUACUGGAAGGUGCGCUUGGAUAAAUCAAGGUAUAGCUUAAUACAAAGCACCUGGCUUACACCCAGAAAAUCUCAAUACCACUUGAUUACCUUGAGCCAAUACUAGCCCUAAGCACAACCAACACUAAUACCAAACCAACAUGCACUAAACCAUUCACCUACACAAAGUAUAGGCGAUAGAAAUUUUAAUCUGGCGCUAUAGACGCAGUACCGUAAGGGAAAGAUAAAAACCACCCAAGCACAAAACAGCAAGGACUAACUCCUGUACCUUUCGCAUAAUGAAUUAGCUAGAAAUAAUUUCACAAAGAGGA